AUGUCAGAAGAAACGGAAUCGUACAUGGACACAAGCAAUGAUCUUGUAAUGUCGCGUGAGAAUCAACAUCAAUAUACAGGCUCAUCAGUAGGUCACUCUAAUAAAUUUAUUAGUGAUAGUAAAAGUAAUAGUAAAAGUAUUGGUAUUGGUAUUGGUAUUGGUAUUAGAGUUAAUAUUAGUAUACUCGAUUCCCUUUAUGAGCACUUGCUUUCCGACGAUUUUGAGAGCAAAGCAGCGGCUAUAAAAUAUUGUCGUGAUCUUUGUGCACAGUAUGGAUUUACAGUAAAGCAAGAGCAAAGUACACACAGGAAUAUUUACGUUUAUUGCUCGAGAGAAGGAUUCCCAGAUUCUCACCGAAACCCAAAAUCUACACCAAGACGGAAGCGCCCCUCAAAACGAUGUGAUUGCAGAUGGAGAGUAGUCCUUUUUGAAAAAGAAGGAGAUCGAUGGGAGUUUAGAAAAUCACUAAACCCAACUGCAUCAAGACACAACCACGAACUCAUGCGGCCAGAAGAGAUUGAGAUGACCUGGCCAAAGGAGGUUGCUGCGCUAAUUGGCGAACUGGCCAGCCAACGACUACCAACCCAAGAUAUUCGCGCACGCGUACAAACUCAAUUUGUCGGCCUUCAUUGGAACGAAAGAAGGUUUUACAACAGACUUUCGGAAGAGCGACUAAAGAUCAAACAGAACGAGACCGUCGUGCGAGCAAAGAAAAUGACUGGUCUCUGGACACGUAUCUGCAUGGCCACGGCCGGAAGCGAAGACUUGACCUUUUUUGUUGAAGAAGAGAUGCAGAAACUAAUACAAAACGUUUGCUCCAUGGUUCAAAUCGACCCAGAAACCCUCGAAGCGCCUUUAGUACUUUCAGAACUAUCGAAUAUCUCGCCAGACCCCACAAGAAUUCUCACUCCAGAUGGUCCACCGUCAUCAUCAUUAGCCAUGGACAGUCAGUCGUAUGAAGCUCAACUAUUUGAGGUGUCUCCUGGUCCCAAACAGCAAUCUGAUGACCCAGUCAAGCAAGAAAACAAUAUACACCAUCAACAAAGACCACAGGUGUGUGUUUGCAGCUGCAAAGACUGGAAUACCAACCCCAAAACAGCCCAAGGGAUUCACGGUGGUAACGAUUCCAACACAUUCAUACAUCGUGAAGGUUCACACGCAGCGAAGUACGAACGACUCUCCGACUUCAAAGAGCCGCCGUAG